CUCUCCUCCUCCUCGGCUGCGGAGCCCUGGUGGGGGUCUGCGCCCGGUCACCAUGACGACGCCGGCGAAUGCCCAGAAUGCCAGCAAAACGUGGGAACUGAGUCUGUAUGAGCUGCACCGGACCCCGCAGGAAGCCAUCAUGGAUGGCACAGAGAUUGCAGUUUCCCCUCGCUCGCUGCAUUCAGAACUCAUGUGCCCUAUCUGCCUGGACAUGCUGAAGAAUACAAUGACCACCAAGGAGUGCCUCCACCGAUUCUGCUCUGACUGCAUUGUCACAGCCCUGCGGAGCGGGAACAAGGAGUGCCCUACCUGCCGCAAGAAGCUGGUAUCUAAGCGAUCCCUACGGCCAGACCCCAACUUUGAUGCCCUGAUCUCUAAGAUCUAUCCCAGCCGGGAAGAAUAUGAGGCCCAUCAAGACCGAGUGCUCAUCCGCCUCAGCCGCCUACACAACCAGCAGGCACUGAGCUCCAGCAUCGAGGAGGGGCUGCGCAUGCAGGCCAUGCACAGGGCCCAGCGUGUGAGGCGGCCGAUGCCCGGGUCAGAUCAGACCACAACGAUGAGUGGGGGGGAAGGAGAGCCCGGGGAGGGAGAGGGGGAUGGAGAGGAUGUGAGCUCAGACUCUGCCCCUGACUCUGCCCCAGGCCCUGCUCCCAAGCGGCCCCGUGGAGUGGGUGCAGGGGGGAGCAGUGUAGGCACAGGGGGAGGUGGCACUGGUGGGGUAGGUGGAGGUGCUGGUUCUGAAGACUCUGGUGAUCGGGGAGGGACCCUGGGAGGGGGAACCCUGGGUCCCCCAAGCCCUCCUGGGGCUCCCAGUCCCCCGGAGCCAGGUGGAGAAAUUGAGCUCGUGUUCCGGCCCCACCCCCUGCUCGUGGAGAAGGGAGAAUACUGCCAGACUAGGUAUGUGAAGACAACUGGGAAUGCCACCGUGGACCAUCUUUCCAAGUACUUGGCCCUGCGCAUUGCCCUCGAGCGGAGGCAGCAGCAAGAGGCAGGGGAGCCAGGAGGGCCUGGAGGGGGUGCCUCUGACACUGGGGGACCUGAUGGGGGCGGUGGGGAAGGUGGGGGAGCAGGAGGUGAUGGUCCCGAGGAGCCUGCUUUGCCCAGCCUGGAGGGCGUCAGUGAAAAGCAGUACACCAUCUACAUCGCACCUGGAGGCGGAGCAUUCACGACACUGAAUGGUUCGCUGACCCUGGAGCUGGUGAAUGAGAAGUUCUGGAAGGUGUCUCGGCCCCUGGAGCUCUGCUAUGCUCCCACCAAGGAUCCAAAGUGACCCCAGAGGGGUCAGAGGAUAGGGACCAUGGGGUGUCCCUGUGUCCUGGCCCAUCACCCCAGCUUAUUUGUUCCCCAGUGCCCCCAGCCCAGCCAGCCAGCCAGCCAGCAAGAGGACACAAAUGAGGACAAGUGGCUUUUAUACAAAGUAUCUAUAUCAGAUUCUUCUAUAUUGUACAGAGUGGGGCACAUGCCCCCAUCUGCUGCCUUUUCUAUUGCCCCAGCCUCCCACCUACACAAGGCGUGGGGGAAGGUGAAGAGCCUUCUCCUUCAGCUCUCCUGCCAACAACAAAUUUGCUGUUUUUCCUCUUUGAAAA